GAACGGAGAGACCGCAUUGCUGCUCCGAGACUCAACACCCACUUCAGCCUCCUUCCAACACCCCCAGCCCCUCCUCCCCUCCCCUCCUCAUAAAAACACGCACAACCACGCCUCCAGAGGCACGCGCACAAGCGCAGCCUCAGACACACCUCCUCCUUCCCCUCCAUCACACACAAACACACACACACGCACAAAGCCAUAAGCGAGUGUGAGAGCAUCGAAGUGAAGUGGACAACAUGUAAAGGCAGCGUGAAGGACGAGUGCUCGGCUCCGGGAGGCUCACAGCAGGUGCGGUAGGGGUGAAGCUGCACCUCGCGGAGAACAGGCUGCCGCUUCACCAUGUCCACCGCAUCCGAUCCACUCACUGGCGUGACGGCUGUGUUGAUCUUGAAUCACACUGAAUGGAGAGUAUUAAAGUUCCUUUAAGAUGACACGAACGCACCCCCCUGAUUUACUGGCAUCGACUCUAUAUCGGGACUUCACUCUAAAUCCCAUCACAGACAACUCUAUUUCCCUCCACUCCUCGCGGCAGUGUGACUUGAAAAUGAUUGACAAACCAGAAAUCAUCAACAAAAGACACUGCCGUAGCUUUGACUUUAUUGAGUCACUGGAUGACCCCCAGUCCUUCUCUUCCUCAAUGGAGUACCCUUAUAAGAGGGCUGAGCAACAGACAUUAAACAAAGAUCUAAUGUGGAAUGGACUAGAUCAAUCGGGGCACCUUCGCUUUUCAUCUCCUGAUCUGUUCAACACCAGGCAGUUCCAGCAGCAAACCACCCAGGACAAAACCAGCCAUCUUACUUGGUCAGACUCUAAAAAGAGAACAAGAUCUAGAAGCGCUCCAAGAGUUAAGUCCACCCUUACUCCUGUGCCCAUCUCAGUGUCUCCUCCAGGAGCCAGGAAGGCAAGGGAUGCACCUCAGGCUGCGUCGGAUACCUUGAGGACUUCAGAAAUACAACGGGAAUCCUAUCCCUCAAACAGGGCUUUUUUGAAUGAGGUGCAUCCGAUCAAACUGCAGCCUCAGUCUCCUCUCUACGUCUCAGACUGUUUUGAAGAGGAUAAACUAGAUAAACCAGCCAUAACCCCUCAUGUCAGGUGCCGUGUGGACAUUAAACCAGAUGCUGCUGUUCUGCAGCACACAUCUAGGCAGGUUCCCAAUGUACGGACUGAUCAUCUUUGGCAAAGAUACUCCCAGGCCAGUAGCAGUAGAGGUUUGUAUGUACCUCGACAGAUUGUCUCCUCACCAACGCCCACUGCGAGCGAAUGCUACAGUGGAGAUUUUAGACAAGGAUACCACUAUACCACCAGCAUGUCUCCCUUCUCAUACCAGCAUCUAGACAUGCACAGAAUGCCAUCACCAACAGCACCGUAUCUGAGUCAAGAACAAAGAGCUUACUCAAAUCCUAACAUACCAACCAAGUUCUUCUAUACAGAGGACCCUGUUAGGUAUCCAGUCCACCCCUAUUCUAGAGCAUACUAUCAGGAUGACCGGUCCAGUCUAACCAGCCAUGGUAGUACAAUGACUAGUCAGUAUGAUCCAAGGACCCGAUGGGUGCACACCCUCCCUGUCAGGUCAUAUUACACAGAAAACUAUACCAACAGAGAGCCAGCACACUCUGUGUAUAGUAGGCCUUACUCCACCAGUGAGGCAGGAUCAUACUUUUCGCAAACUCCACUGUCUAGGUCCUACUAUGGAGAGGACACCCGGUUCAAUCCAUACCAUAUGAGUAACUCACGGUUGUUUUAUUCCAAACCAUGCUCUCCUGAGGAGCAGUACUAUCCACCAAGGCCAUACCAUACUGAGGGUCGUCGACGCCCUCGUAUGUCGCAGGCCUUUUCAGAUGACUGGUAUCGCUCAAGUAUAUCUGGUUACUCUAACCAGUCCUCUCAGCACACACCACCAAGAGUAAGACAAGACCCUAGUAUACCUCCGUGGUUUACUAACAGCUUUGUGGAGACAAGUAGACUAGGAGCAGAGGUCAGAAACCACUCCAAAUCUUGGGACAAUAUUCUAUAUCCACGGCAUGACAGACAGCAGUCUGUUCCUCGUGGACGUAGCUAUGAGAACCUGUUUUACCAAGCAAAGCAAGCAGCAGCUGCUGACAUUACAUCUCAACCUGUUAUACUUAACCUCUCAAGUUCACCAAGGCGCUACGCUGCCCUUUCGCUCUCUGAAACCUCAUUAGAGAGGAGCUCAAGCAAUCCAUGGAGGAAUACUAAGAGUGGACACUGGUUUGUAACUCCUGAGAUCACCAUAACAGACAAUGACAUAUGUGCAGCCAACAACAAGCGGCGUGAGGUGCACUCUGUCAGCUGGGAUACGUUGGAUGAUGAAAAGACACCAUCUCCGACAGUAAUGCAUCACAAGCAGCCACAAAAUACACCGGACAUAACCAAAGAGAGGAAACACAACAAUUUCUCCCUCCAGCAGAGUCUAGAGCAACUGGACGAACUCUUAGCUGAUUUGGUUGUUGAUUACAAACCGCCAACCAGCAGAAAGUCAAGUGAAGAUCUUUUAGACCAGCUGAAACAACUAAUUACUGAAGAUGACGACAAAGAGAGGGGAUCCUCUGGACUUGAAAACUUAGGAUGUCUGAACACACAGCUCCCGUCGUCUAAAUCCAGCCCUGACACAAUCAAAGACCCUGAUAGCGGGUGUGAUGCUUUACAAAGGAGUGCAGAGGAAUGUUCUCCAGACCACAGCACAGACGAAGACGACACCAUGGUGUGCGCUAACAAGAAGUGCAACCGGAUUGAGAGUAUGUUCAAAGCCUGCUUGUACUUCAAAUCAUGUCACAGUUGCUACACCUUUUACUGCUCACGAAACUGUCGCAGGGAUGACUGGGAGAUCCACAAAGAGACCUGUCUGUACGGCCGUGUGAACAGUGUGUGUCGACACACUCUUAAGUUCUGCAGAGAGAAUUCAGAGAUCCACAAAGCCUUCUCUCGUGUUGCUAAAGCUGGCUACCUCUCCAGGGGGAGAGGCGUUCUCUUUCUGGGUUUUGCUAAUCCGGAGACAGCUGACAACUUCCUCCAAGUUGGGCUCGAGAGCCUCCUCAUGUCUCCCACAUACUUAUCUCUCAGAGAGCUGGAUGGCUUCAAGGACAACCUAGGCGAAUACUGCAAGGAACUGCAGCAGGCAGGUAAUGAGUAUGACCCCAAUGAAUGUUUCCUUCUGAAUGUAUCCGUAGCUGUUGGUGAACUAGUGCCUAACAGACCUUCACCAAGGGUCCAAGCACCAACAGUACGAAAAUAUGCAAAGGUGUCCUUGGCCUCCUCAAGCCCUGACAAAAAGGUACUCAGGAAGGAUAGCGAAAUGGAAACUCUCAUCCUCACUCCGCCUCCAGGCACACCGGACAUUGACAAGGAGGGGGAGGAGGGAAGGAAAGCCAGAGAGGUGUGCUUUGUCAAUAUCCAGCGUGAGCUCAGGACCAGGGGAGUCUUCCUUCGUCACGAGUAUCCCAAAAUCUAUAAUCAGCUGUGUGAGUUUGUGGAGAGCAACAAAAGGUUCACUCCGACAACAAUUUACCCGAUAGAUAAGAGAACAGGGAAACAGUUUAUGUGCAUGAUCAUGGCUGCGUCCGAGCCAAGAACACUGGACUGGGUAGGUACCCCUCAUCUCCUGGAUGAUAUUAUAUAGUACAGCACUAAUAGUAAUGAUAAUGAUGUCAGCUACACUAAAUGUAAAUACUGUUAAUACAUGGUGUGGUUUAGCAAAUUGAACAUUGUAUGUGUAUAUAUGUGACAAAUCUCUCUUUCUGUCUUUCUCUCCCUAAUUUCUCUCUUCUGUCGCCACACACACAAACACUCACACAUAAAGAUGCACAGUAUAUAAACACACACACUUUUAAAGAUUGCCCUAUGUUGUUUUUGGCUUGUUUUGAUCCUGUUGCACUUAGAAGAGUUGAUAGCCUGCAUGUAGACUAGGCACAAACCCAGUUAUCCAGGUGUUUAAGAUGUGAACAUGUAUGAUCUGUGCAGUUUCUGAAGACAAUGUAUGAAGCACACAAUAUUUAUGAAGUACACAUCCCAUUGCCACCACAUAAUAAUAGGCACAGCCAGGUCUCAUAUUGUAACAUUCAUCCACUAUUGAUUUCUCCAACAAAUGUUAUAUCAGAAAUUUAUAUUAUACCUUGUCACAGUGGUUGUAAUAUUACAACUGUUUAUUAGUACUUAAGUAUUAUUUCCUAAGUAUAAUGUAGUUAUGUGGGUAUUUUUUUUAAUUAUUGCUAUAUUAAUUAGUGUUUGAUAAAGAAGUACAAUCAAACCACCUAUUUGUUUCCCACCUCAUUAAGAAUUUUAGUUGGAACUUAAAUCAUCUUGUGAUAAGACUUGAUGUCAUUCUCGUAUAAAUUGCUUUGUUUGAAAGUGGCCUUCAGUCGAAAAAAAAAAAUAAAUGCAUUUGACACAAAGCAAUGUAUAGGUUUAGCUAUUUCUAAAGGCUUGACAGCUCUUAACUUAGGUUGUUUGAACUACCAUUGUAAAUGAACAAUUAUUUUGCUCAAAGCAUGUUAUUUAUAUUCAGGUAUUUUAAUAUUGAUAUUGCUUAUAAUUAAAUUUAUUAUGUUAAUGAGAUACCAUUUGAUGCUUAGAAAUGUAAGAGGUAUAUUAUAUAUUGAAUAUUAGAUCAUUUGAACAUCAUGACCUUGAGACCUUAUUAUAACUAAUAUCACAGUAUGUUCUUAAACAAUAUGCAAUAAAAGAGCAACCUUAACAUCUAUAUUGUAAAAUGCUAUUUUAUUAUUAAUAUUGAAUAAAUCCCUGGAGCCAAGAGCUGCAAAGACUUUGUUUGCACUAAAAUAUAAAUUAUAAAUAAAAUAAGAAUGUUCCUAACACAGCUGCAGCACUGAUCCCAGAUGUAAUGAUAUGCCUGCUUCCAUUGCCAUUGUUGACUAAUCUAAGGUUGCUCUUUUACUUGAUUAUAUAUAUCUUUGUGCAAGACCUUCCUCAACUUUCUAUUUUGUGAUGUUUAUAACCCAUAUAUAAAUAUAU